AUGAACUAUCAAACUAUCAACUGCUUCAGAAUUGGUCCAAUCAAUGAAUAUCUUCCAGUAGAAUGGCAUACUAGAAUGAACAAAAAUGAAGAUCUAUCUGUAGAUUACACAACGACGGAGAAGGCUGCAAUCAUCUGGGCUGUGCCAAUUGGAACAUUGCUAGGAUCGUUUCCGGUCAACUACCUCUACACAAAAUAUGGAGCCAGGUUAGAGACCAAAUUUAUUAAAGCCGGCAUUGCGCCACAUACGCUGAUCACAGAACUGAUAAUACUCGUUUCAAUGUGGCCAUUCUUUGCUGCUGGUGUUACAUCUGCCUUGUCUACAACACUGAUACCAACAGCUGCUUUAUACGACCUUAAAGCACUGUUAGUUGUGAGAUUUGUGCAGGGAUUAGCGUUUGCCGCUAACUUUGGAGCAAUCGGUCUGUUAUGCCUUCGAUGGGCUCCUCUUUCGGAAAUCAGUAUAUUUGCUGGUAUCCUGACAAGUUUCACUCCUGUAUCUUCAGUAAUCACAAAUCCGGUUUCAGCUUGGAUGUGCACGGAUUAUGGAUGGCCGUCAGCUUUUUAUAUACAUGCCGUUUUUGGCUUUAUUCUGUUUUUAUUGUGGAUAACAUUUUACACAGAUGACCCUCAAACCCAUCGGAUUGUUACGGAACAAGAACUUGCCCAAAUACAAAAAGGAAAAACUAAGGAGCACAUUGAACGUGACAGCUUUGUUCCAUACAAAGUAAUAUGCUUUUGUAAGCAGUGGCAAAGCAUAUAGUG